AUGACCUCAAAUUCUUAUCCUACUGCUACUAGUAUUGAACAAGAGCUGAGCAGGCUUAGAGCCUUAGAGUUGUCAACAGUACCAGGAUUCCCAUUGAAGGCAGAAUCAAUCUGUGUUGCUGUGUUGGGUCUUGUUGAAUUGUACAAAUGUGUAGAGAAUUUUCUUCAGAUGCCACAAACGCAGCAGAUCCAGGUCCACCAUCAACCAGAGGGUUGGGUGGAUGAGUUGAUAGAGGGGUCAGUGACAUUAUUAGAUAUAGGUGGGACUGCAAGGGACAUCUUGUUGCAGAUGAAGGAAAAUGUAAAAGAUCUUCAAUCAGCAUUUCACAGAAGAAAAUUUGAAGAGAAGGUGUUGGGUAACAUGGUUGCCUCAUACACUUCCUUUAAGAAAAGGGUAAAGAAGGAUGCUGGCACCUGCCUUAAAACAUUGAAACGACUGGAACAGAAAUAUGUAGCCUGUCUUCUCUUAGAUCAUGAUUAUGACUCAGCAGUGGUGGUUAGGGUCUUAAGAGAAGUAAGUAGUGUUGCAAUUUCUAUCUUUCGCGCUCUGUUGUUGUUCUUGUCCACACCGGUGUCAAAGCCAAAGGUCGGUAGAUGGAGUUUGGUGCCCAAGUUGAUGCAAAGGGGGGAGUAG